AUGGACACGAGACAGGCAAAACGAAAGAGACAAAGCAGCUCUUCAUCUGGUCAACGGCCCCAAGAGCCUCAAGAGCCUCCCACGCCAGUCUCGAUUCGAAGGACUCGUCGCACCGAGUACCAUAUUACCUCCGCCACCUCUUGCAAUACCCCUCAUCAGAGUAAGAAGGUUCGCUUCUCAGACCCAGGUCCCGGGCGGCAACAUGGUUCUGCCCACUCGACCGGCCUCACUCCGGCCAUGUUGCGUUCUUCCUUCGAAGAACGCGCAGAAGAUGAUCCCUUGAUUCGGAGCCCAAGCCGUCGCCAGCGACGGCGCUCAACCCCUCUUCCGCGGUCUCGCCGCAGUAUGGGUGCUUUCGAUGCUGCCAGUACAGCCUCCUCAGAGCAUGUAGUGCAGUUUACGCCGCUGCGACAACUUCUAGACGCGCGCACGAAACGACGAAUCCGGCGGAUAGGCCUAAGUGAUGAGAUCAACCAUCUAGAGCGCGAGAAGAGAGAAUCCGCCCAGUACGAGAAGACGCUUCAAACACUACUUCGCGAACGAGAUUCGUUGAAGAAUGAGUUGGAUUCGGUCAAACGAAAUCAAGACGUAUCCAAGAGUAUAGCAUCUAGCGAAGAAACCACUUGGCUGUCGCCACAAUCCAUGAUCGAACAGGUGUCGUCCGAGAAUAUCCGAUUAAGGGAACAGCUUUCUUUCCCUUCUCCGGGUGCCACAACAGACCAUGAUACUAUCAGCAACUCGGAGGGAGAAACAAUGGUGAUUAAUGAGAGCGCAUGGGAUUGUGAUACAAUGCUUAUAUCAAACUCGCCGGAUAUUCGAGGCGUAGAUGCCCGGGUAUCAGUGCCUGAUAACAUCUCGCUUCUGAGCCAAGGACAUGCGAAUACCGAUGCGUCGACUCAGGCAUCCAUACCUGAUUACAGGCAGGAGGCAGAGAUUAUUGCGCUUUCAGCCGAUCUCGCAGCUGCCAGGAAGGAAAAGCGUGACUUGUUUGACGCUUGUCGCGCCCGUGUCGCUUCGUUUAGUGGUACUGCAAUUGAAGGUCUCCUUCGCCAGUCCUCUCCGCCGCCAGACUUCUUGGAUCAAGUUCUGCCUACCUUGGCCCAGACACUGCGGCGUGCUUCUGAUGCCGCCCAAGCACUAGACAACGUUACAGAAGAGUUGUCGGGUCUCGGAUUUCCUGGGAACAACGCUGAGGAAAUCAUCUCUACGAUGCGCGAUCAAUUUCGCGCCGCGCGCCUUCAACUCGAACGCGCAGUUCCUGGCGAGACCGCCAACGCUAGUCUCAGUGAUGGCAAAGCAACUCUUGGUGCUUUGGUAAAGCGGGUUGAGAUACUCGUCAAGAGCCUUGGGGGCGAGCAGGAACGACUGGAAGGCUCCGUAGGCCGGGAGAACGCACUUCGGGGUCAAUUCGAUACCCUGUUGGCUCGAUAUGAGGGAGCAUCGAAGAAGAUUCAUGACUUGGAAGAGUCUAUUGCCUCCUCCGCUGGAGACAUGCUUCACACACGAAUGCGUAUGCAGGAGCUUGAAUGCGAAGGAAAGGAACAAGCCGUCAGCAUUCAGCGGUUGAAUGCAGCCCUCGACAAGUACCACGAGGAAGUCAAGGGACUAGAGGCCCUAGUAACUGAACUGGAGGAUGAUAAGGCGAAGAACAACGAGUCACACAAACAGGAAGUGGACGAACUACAGCAACAGCUGGAAGAGCAGGCCCGUUCCCUUCGUACUGCCGAAUCAACCGUUGCGGAGCGGGAAACUCGCAUCCGGGAAUUAGAGGAGGCCCUUGAACAAAAUCGCACCAGUGUGCGUGACCUCACAGCUAGAAUUGAGUCGCUCGAAGCUGAGCGCCAGCAAACGAUACAGGAUCUGGAGCAAGAAGCAACGGAGCAGCAACAGCGCCUUGAACAAGAAGUGGGGUCGAUGAAUGUACUCGUCUCGGAGCUCAACACGUCACUAGAGGAAGCCAAAUCAGAUGUUGACCGACUUCGCCGGAGUAACACUGGCCUGGAGGAGCAGCUGCGCCUCGAAGUUGAAGCAAGGGACAGCCUGCUGGAUAAAUGGGCUGCAGAGCAAGCGCGGUCAUUUGCUAUCAUGAAGGAAACCGUCAAUAGCGAACGACGGAAAGCCAGAGUUCGCACUGCGAACUGGGAGCUCCGUUCGGAUGAGAUCCAAUCAUCAGAUGGUCUGAAUAUCGAGCCCAUCACACCGGUCAGUAUGACAAGAUUUGUCGACGUGGAAGCUGGCCGGGGGAAACAUCGUAAGCGACUAGACAGUGGGGUAGGGAUACUCACCGACGACCUGGAAGAUGCAGAUGCUGGUAUCAUGCCAGAGUCGUUGCCUUCUGAUCCCGCUGAGUUGCUGUAG